AUGGAACCCAAAUGGUUGUACGUAUCUCUCUUUUCAACUUUGAUAGCUCUGGUGGUGUACAAGUUGUUGUUUCACACAAGAGCAAGAUCAAGAUCAGCAGCAGGAUCAUCAAAACUCCCACCUAGUCCACCUGCAGCUCGUCCAUUCUUUGGCCACCUCCAUCUCCUGGAAAAUCCCUUACAUAGAACCCUUCACAAGAUCUCGCUCAAACAUGGUCCAAUCUUCUCCCUCCGCCUCGGCUCCCGCCUUGCUGUUGUAGCAUCAUCCCCAGCCGCGGUCGAGGAAUGCUUCACCAAGAACGACGCCAUUUUUGCUAAUCGUCCUCAUUCCACCCUGCACAGGCACUUGGGCUACAAUUAUACUGCCCUUGUUUCAGCCUCCUACUCUGAUCACUGGCGCAGUCUUCGUCGCUUGUGUUCGGUUGAAAUUUUCUCCCCUGCUCGCCUCAACAUGUUUCUUCCCAUUCGAGAAGAAGAAGUCAAGCGUUUACUGUCUAGUCUCUAUAAGAUGUCGUCAUCCGGCGGUGGCGACGGCUUUACUUUUACCAAAGUUCAAUUGAGAUCCAAAGUCUAUGAGCUGACUUUUAAUAACAUAACCAGAAUGGUGGCAGCAAAGAGGUACUAUGGCGAAGUAGGCAUCCAGGACAAGGAAGAGGCAAAACAAUUUCACGACCUUAUAAGUGCCGCUUUCAAGCUUUCAGGUGCUUCCAAUGCUGGAGAUUACUUGCCACUUUUACGUUGGAUAGAUUACAAGGGAAUCGAGAAGAACAUGUCCAUUAUUAGUAAGAAGAUGGACAAGUUUUUGCAAGGUCUAAUAGAUGAGCGUCGCCAAUGCAAUACUAAUGAUACUAUGAUUGAUCACUUGCUUUCCUUGCAACAAUCACAACCUCAACAUUACACCGAUGAGAUCAUCAAAGGGCUCGUAUUAAGCUUUGAAUGGGAUAGAGUUAAUGCAGAGAAGGAUGAUUUGGCUGAAGGCACAGGACUCGCAAUGCCCAGAGCCAACCCUUUGGUGGUCAUGUGCAAACCGCGGGAAGUAAUGGACAAGAUGGAUGCUCGUGCAGCUGUUGCCGAUCUUUUCAGCAUGCAGUUGAAUGUCCUUUUGCCUUGA